GUGGUUGUUGACAGUAGUAGAUCUAUCAUUAAUUCAUUGAGAGAGCAUUCUCUUUGUUAGCAAUGUGUACACAUUUGAAAAAGAAAUGUAAAAGAGAUAUCUAACAAAAGUGCAACUGGAUCAUUAUCCUAUACAUGUUUGUCAGUUCAUACAAUUAUUAAAUAUCUUUUUCUCUUCCAAUAGUAAUUAAGAAGAGUAUUAGAUUCUCUCUAAUCUUCUCCUUACCUGCUCCCUUAUGGGAAUAUGAUCCUUAUUUUUCACAAGGUCUAAAUAAUAAUUUCAUCAACCCCUUGUACGACCUUGCGUAUUCUCUCAUUGGAACACCUAUCUCUUUCCAAAUACAAUUUCUUAAAGGCCGCUUCAUUAGUUUGAAGAUUCAACAAUUCAUUAGUACUAUAUAUCAUCAUGUUUUUCUCAUUUUUAAACUGUCUAGAGUUAAUGGGGUUCUUCCAAUUUCUCACAUGAAACUUAACAUUGUUCCUUUUCAAGUUUCUUGAAAUCAAGACUGGCAUUCUUGAUUUGACAUACUUGAAAUUAGUUACCCCUUUUUUCUCAAACCCCAAAUGGUUUCUUGCGUAAAGUUGCAAGCUUUAUCAAUUUUAUGAGUUUUCCAAAUGGUUUCUUGAGUAAAGUACCAGUUAGUUGAGAGUCUAUCAGAAACAGCCCCUCUACCUUGUAACGUCUGCGUACAUUCUACCCUCUUCAGACCCCACUUGUGGGAUUACAUUGGGAUGUUGUUGUUGUUAUUUUUGUUGUUUCUUGAGUAAAGUUCCAAAUUUUAUCCAUUUAUUGAGUUUUUUGAAGUGGUGGAAUUAAUGAAGAUUCUUGGGGCAGUGUUGCCACUGUUUGUUUUCAUUUGGGAACUACAGAGUAAUCAUGGGAACUGUGAAAGACCUGAUGUUGUGAAUGUUGGUGCAGUUUUUGCUUUUGAUUCAGUUAUUGGUAGGGCAGCCAAGACUGCUAUGGAGUUAGCAGUUUCUGAUAUCAAUAGGGAUCCCAGUAUUCUGAAUGGCACUAAUUUUAUUUUGAUCAUGGAGGAUUCUGAGUGCAGUGUCUUUAAGGGUACCAUUGGAGCUUUACAGUUAAUUGAGAAGCAAGUGAUGGCAAUAAUUGGUCCACAGUCCUCUGCAAUAGCUCAUAUGAUUUCUUUCAUUUCUAAUGGUCUUCAAGUUCCUCUUAUCUCGUAUGCUGCCACUGAUCCAACACUGUCUUCCCUCCAGUUCCCAUUUUUCCUUCGAACCACACAGAGCGAUCAGUACCAAAUGGAAGCUGUUGCCGACAUUGUCUGCUUUUAUGAAUGGAAAGAAGUCAUUGCUAUAUAUCUGGAUGACGACUAUGGGAGAAAUGGUAUAGCUGUGUUAAAUGAUGCACUUGCUCAGAAAAUGUCAAAGAUCUCAUAUAAGCUUCCAUUACCUAUCAAUUAUGAUAUCACUGACAUUAUGUAUGUGCUAAAUCAAUCGAAACCAUUAGGACCUCGUGUUUUUGUUGUGCAUAUCAAUCCUGACUCCCAAUUAAGAUUCUUCAAAGCAGUCAAGAAGAUGAAUAUGACUGGGAGCAAUCAUGUGUGGCUUAUGACUGAUUGGUUUUCUACUACUUUAGAUUCUUUCUCCCAGAAAAACAGAUCUUAUCUAAGCACUCUUGAAGGUGUAGUUAGUCUUCGCCCCUAUAUUCCACAAACUACCAGGAAAAGGGCUUUUUUGGCUCGCUGGAGAAAGUUGCAGCAGAAUGAGCUGGUUCACUCAGGAUUGUCUGCAUAUGGUCUUUAUGCUUAUGAUACCGUGUGGUUAGUAGCACGUUCAAUUGAUAACCUACUUCAACAGGGAGGCAACAUAAGCUUUUCUCUCAGCAAUUUGUUAAAUGGUACAACAAAUGAGAAAUUACAGCUUGGAGAACUUAGAGAAUUUGAUGGUGGAGAUCUUCUACUGAAUAUCUUAUCACAUACAAACUUCACUGGCUUGACAGGAAAGAUUCAUUUCAGUGAAGACAGAAAUCUUAUUGGUAGUGGUUAUGAAGUCAUUAACAUUGCCCAACAAGAAAUUCACACAGUUGGCUACUGGUCAAAUUUUUCUGGUCUCUCGAUUUUACCUCCAAAAGCACUACAAAACAAACAAAUAGUUAACAGAUUAAAUCAGAAUCUCAAAAUUGUAACUUGGCCUGGUGGGAAGAGCGAAACACCACGUGGUUGGGUUAUUGCUAAUGACGAAAGACCUUUGAGAAUCGGAUUUCCAAGAAGAGCAAGUUUUACUGAAUUUGUGACAUUGAACAGCAGCCACAAUGCAGAAGGUUAUUGCAUAGAUCUCUUUUAUGAAGCACGGAAGCUUGUACCUUAUGAUGUUCCUUUCAUAUUUGAGCCAUUUGGUACUGGUCUUGCUAAUCCAGAUUAUGAUGCGCUCGUGAAUAUGGUUGCAACUGAUGUUUUUGAUGCAGCCGUUGGAGACAUUGCUAUUGUCACAAAUAGGACAAGGACUGUUGAUUUCACUCAGCCUUAUGUGUCUACAGGCCUUGUCAUAGUAGCCCCCGUUGAUAAUUCAGAAUCAAGUGCUUGGGUUUUCCUCAAACCUUUUACAUGGGAAAUGUGGGGUGUUACAGCUCUUUCAUUUCUUAUAAUAGCGGUGGUCAUUUGGAUACUUGAGCAUCGCGUCAAUGAUGAUUUUCGUGGUCCUCCAAAGAGACAGAUAACAACAAUGUUCCUGUUCAGCUUCUCGACACUUUUCAAAACAAACCAAGAAAACACCGUAAGCACUCUUGGUCGAAUGGUAAUGGUGGCUUGGCUAUUCUUACUCCUGGUGAUCACAUCAAGCUAUACAGCAAGUUUGACAUCGAUCCUUACAGUGCAGCAACUUUCAUCACCGAUCACAGGAAUUGAUAGUUUGAUUGCAAGCAACUCGCUUAUUGGAUAUCAAGUUGGGUCAUUUGCUUAUAGCUAUUUGAAAGACAUUCUCAACAUAGCUCCAUCACGAUUAAAAUCUCUACGCUCCCCAGAAGAAUUUGAAAUGGUUCUGCGACGAGGCUCAGGAAAUGGAGGGGUGAUGGCAGUUGUUGAUGAACUUCCAUACAUAGAGUUGUUCCUUCAAAAUCGUACUGAUUUUGGGAUCAUUGGCCGACCAUUUACUAAGAGCGGAUGGGGUUUUGCGUUCAAAAAGGAUUCUCCUCUAGCUACAGACAUGUCAACAGCAAUCCUCAAACUGGCCGAGAGUGGGAAACUUCAAGAGAUACACGAAAAAUGGUUUUGCCAAUUAGGUUGUUCAACAGAUAGGAGAAAAGACUCAGAGCCUAACCAGCUUCACCUGAGCAGCUUCUGGGCACUCUAUCUUUUAUCUGGUGCUGCCACUCUCUUUGCUUUAUUAAUCUUCUUACUCAGAAGUAUUCGCCAAUAUAUACGAUACAAAAGGAAGCAUACAGACCUUUCUUCUCCCUCAAACACCAGAUGUUCACAGGCGAUCUAUAGUUUCUUUGACUUUAUUGAUGAGAAGGAAGAAGCCAUCAAAAGAAUUUUUGCUCAGCAUGAUAGUUCUCAAGCUCAAACAAAUGGAUCUUAAUCUUUGCUCAAAUAGUUUCUUAUUGAAGUAGAGUAUACAUGUGACUGAGAUUUAGUGAUACUUACUAGUUAGAGAUGCUAAUAUAUUACUCACCAACUGUAUAUGUCUUGUACAAAUGGCUAUACUAAAUGCUCGAUUAUAAUGUAAAAGCUCAGCUCCUUCCAGAGUUUCUGAUA